AUGUCGCAGACGAGGUACUUCUCGACCCGCGGUGGCGCUGAGACGCUCUCGUUCGACGAGGCCGUCCUGACCGGACUCGCCCCCAACGGAGGUCUCUACAUUCCCACUGAGAUCCCCAAGCUCCCCGAGGACUGGGAGACCAAGUGGGCCAAGCUCUCGUUCCCCGAGCUCUCUUAUGAGAUCCUGUCCCUCUUCAUCCCGACCGACUCGAUCCCGUCCGCCGACCUGAAGGACAUCAUCGACCGCUCGUACGCGACCUUCCGUGACCCCAAGGUCACGCCGCUGCGUCAGACUGGCGACAACGAGUACGUCCUCGAGCUGUGGCACGGCCCGACGUGGGCGUUCAAGGACGUCGCCCUCCAGUUUGUCGGCAACGUCUUCGCGUACCUCCUCGAGAAGCGCAACGCUGAGCUCGGCGAGGGCGAGAAGGAGCAGCUGACCGUUCUUGGCGCUACCUCUGGCGACACCGGCUCUGCCGCCAUCUACGGUCUCCGAUCCAAGCCCUCGAUCACCAUCUUCAUCCUCUACCCCGACGGACGUGUUUCGCCCAUCCAGGAGGCUCAGAUGGCCACCGUCCCGGACGCCAACGUGUACUGCGUCGCUGUCGAGGACUCGGACUUCGACACGUGCCAGUCGAUCGUCAAGUCGUGCUUCGGUGACGCCGAGUUCAACAAGACGCACCGCCUCGGCGCCGUCAACUCGAUCAACUGGGCUCGUAUCCUCGCCCAGAUCGUCUACUACUUCCAGGCCUACUUCCUUCUGCCCGAGGAGAAGCGCAAGGACGUUCAGUUUGUCGUCCCCACCGGCAACUUCGGUGACAUCCUCGCUGGUUGGUACGCCAAGCGCCUCGGCCUCCCGUGCAAGGAGCUCGUCGUCGCCACCAACGAGAACGACAUUCUCCAGCGCUUCUUCUCCACCGGCCGCUACGAGAAGCCCGCCGGCACGGGCGAGGUCAAGCCCACCUACUCCCCCGCCAUGGACAUCCUCCUCUCCUCCAACUUCGAGCGCCUCCUCUGGUACCUCGCGUACGACACGCUGCCCGCCGAGGGCUCGCAGGAGGAGCGCCGCGCCGCUGCCCAGGCCAAGCUCAACUCGUGGAUGGACGAGCUGCGCCAGACCGGCCGCGUCGACAUGGGCCAGGCUGUGAAGGAGCUGGCCGGCAAGGAGUUCUGGGCCGAGCGUGUCUCUGACGAGGAGACGCUCGCCGAGAUCAAGAAGUACUACAACAAGAAUGACAAGUACGGCUCGUACGUCGUCGACCCGCACACGGCCGUCGGCCUCGCGUCGCAGGAGCGCGCGGCCAAGAAGGCCCCCACCUCGACCUGGGUCACUCUCUCGACGGCGCACCCCGCCAAGUUCUCUGAGGCCGUCGAGCUCGCCCUCCCCGCCAAGGAGCACGCCCAGUUCAACUUCAAGCGCGACGUCCUCCCGUCGCAGCUCUCUGAGCUCGAGGCCCUCAAGAAGCGCGUCUUCAAGGUCAAGGGCGAGGACGGCGUUCGCGCCCUCAUCGAGGCCGUCAAGCGCGGCGAGCAGCCCGUCGCCGCCUAA